GUGUCGCACUGCCAUCACAACUGGUCGGCUUUCCGCGGAACCUUUUCCUUGUGCUUAGCUCAACACGGAUCUCAGAAAGGCUACACCAGUUAGCCCUGCCGGCGGUAGCAGCAGCUAGCAGUCACUCGUUUUGUAUUUUCAACGGUCAACAGUCAUUGUAAUUUAGUUGACCGCUUCAAAGCUGGACGACAGUGACUGAACUGUCUCUCUGUUUUGCCGUGAGUAAAUUGUGCAGCCGAGGCCCUCAAAAUGAGAGAAGGUGUGUGUGUCGUGUGAUUCUCUUUGUGCCCAGCCAUGGAGAAGUCCUGGAGGCUGUGGGGAGUGAUGGAGCGCUGUACUCUGGCUCUGGUCUCCUGGUCCUGGGGUGCCUGUCGAGUCUCCCUUUUGGCUCUCAUUCUCACCUUCCACCUGUAUGGAGGAUUUUUUCUCCUUGCUCUCAUCCUAGCCUCUGUGGCAGGCAUCCUCUACAAAUUUCAGGAUGUGCUCCUCUACUUCCCUGACCAGCCCUCAUCCUCUCGUCUGUAUGUUCCCAUGCCCACCGGGAUCCCACAUGAGAACUUGUACAUCCGCACUAAAGACGGCGUAAAGCUCAACCUCAUCCUUCUUCGUUACACGGGAGGUGAUUCGGCCUCAGGAGUCACCCCCAGCAAUCAGAGCAGCCCAACAUCUUCAGCUCCACCUACAAUUCUUUAUUUCCAUGGCAAUGCAGGUAAUAUAGGCCACAGAGUCCCAAAUGCCCUGCUCAUGCUGGUCAAUCUAAAAGCCAACAUAGUGCUGGUGGACUAUCGUGGUUAUGGAAAGAGCGAGGGUGAGCCCAAUGAGGAUGGGUUGUACCUGGAUGCAGAGGCUACACUGGACUACGUCAUGACCCGUCCUGACCUCGACAAGACGAAGGUGGUACUCUUUGGUCGCUCACUGGGAGGAGCUGUGGCUGUGCGCUUGGCAUCAGUCAACCCUCACCGGGUAGCAGCCAUUAUUGUUGAAAACACUUUCCUCAGCAUUCCUCACAUGGCAGCAACACUCUUCUCCUUCUUACCCAUGCGCUUGCUGCCUUUGUGGUGCUAUAGAAAUCAGUUCCUUUCUUAUCGGCACGUGGCGCUGUGCCGCAUGCCCUCGCUGUUCGUGUCUGGUCUGUCAGACCAGCUUAUCCCACCAGUCAUGAUGAAACAACUGUAUGAGCUGUCUCCUGCUCGGACUAAACGCUUGGCAAUCUUUCCAGAGGGAACACACAAUGACACUUGGCAGUGUCAGGGUUACUUUGCUGCUUUGGAGCAAUUCGUAAAAGACUUGCUGAAGAGCCAUGCCCACGAGGAGAGCACUCAACCCUCAGCCAGUGUCACCAUCAUCUGAAGAAAGCAGUCAGGGGGCGGCUGUUGGUAACCCGUUAUGGGUGGGGGAGUCAAGGCUGUCAAAAAAAUUGGUGUGAGGAACUAAUUUGAAUUGAUUUUUCAAAAGAAUGUACAUUUUUCUAUGAUUUUUUUUCCUCCCGGGUUUUUAUUUUCUUCUGUGAAUUUAACAUGUUUGUUAAAAUGACUAUUUUGACUUUUUCAAGGGUUUAGGAGAAAGUAACUGUACCUUCAAAAGAUUUGUGUGUGCGUGUGUGUUGCAGCUACGAAUGCAUGUAUUUAUGGCCUUUUAUGAAUGAAUCCAGAGCAUAAAUGCCCACACUGCAAGACAUGACGCAACCACGAAGGAAUUUAGCUGUAGUGGAUCUGCUGAAAUAAAUUAAAAGGAAACAGUGGCACAUAUUGUAAUGACCACAUUUCAGUGGAAAUGAUUAUUAGAAUUUCUAAUUGAAAAUUAUGUCUGUCUACUACUGUAUAUACAGUAAACGCAUAGAUCUUUAAUAUGUGGCACUUUUUAUGUGGACCAUUUUGUUCAGAUUGUUGUUUUAAAGGUAACAACAAUACCUGGUGAAGCAUACAAAUAUUUUUUUCCCCCCGUUAAUAUGGAGUACACGCAGUGGUUUUAUGGCAUAUUGGAAUUAAUAUUUAUAUGUUCCUUGCAAAAGGUUAUUAUAUUAUUCCUUUUGUUGGGCAUAAAAACAUUGAGUGACAUGCUUCUGUUUUUAAAAAUAAGUCGGAUCUCAUUUCCAGUCAGACUGCUUCCGAUUCAGUCUCAAAGAUAUGUUUUGUCACUGCACCCUCUUAAAACGCAACUGGCAUACUACUUAAUCUUAAAUAGGCUCAAGUUGCUGUGGGAGAACUGGAGAGUGUGCUCGGAGUGUAGGUUGUUAUGUAAGGCUUCGUACAGGUUUCCCCCCCCAAUCUAAUACAGCACCAUUAUACUUGUAUUUAUGUACACCGAAAGAGUAAAUACUUCCCAAUGACUAAUUUCAUGCCAAAAUAACUAAAUAAAAAUUCCAAUGUUGAGCAGAA